CUGAACAUUCGGGGAAGAAAGUCAUCGUCAUCGUAGUCGUCGCAGUCGGUAAAUUUGGAGUAGUGGGUGUCGGUGAGGAGCCGAUUUCGAGCUCAAUUUAGUCGCCGAGCGAGCGCCCCCAGAUCACGAGCUUGGGAGUCCUCCUCCUCGUCGUUGAGCUUCGCUACGCAGGAGCCGCGUUGUUACCUUGACCCCAGGUUCAACCCGACCUACGAAAUGCACUACAACACGGACGUUCUGUGGCAGAUUCCCGAGAGCCCGAGAGGUGUGAUGUACUUGGCCCAUGGCCGGUUCCUGGACAUUUUCUCCUUCUUCGAUCGGUCUCCGGGGUGUGAGCGCUGCUACGGCCUCCCCGAAGACAGGGCUAUUGUUCUCGACGCCUUGGACCGGAAGUAUGCCGUCAUUGUGGUCAAGAGCUUGGGAGAUGAGUGGGACUCAUGGCCGAUCGAAACUUCGAAGGAUAAAGUGGUAGUGACGAGCAUUGUCACAGAUUGGGUUAUGGAGCAUGGUUUGGAUGAGCUGCCAAUGGUCGGAUUUGGGUACUCCUCCGGCGGGAACUUCACCUCCAUGCUGUCGCCGAUUCUCGGCAUGAAAUCCAUUGUCAUUCUUGAUUCUCCGGGUGUAUAUGAAAUAUUAGAGAACGCAGAUGCGAGCUAUCCUCCCACUCUAUAUUUUUACAUGCCCAAGGACCCUUUCUUCACGAGUCAAAUUCUCCGAAAUGUAGAGUUGAUGAAAUCGCGAGGGGUGAAAGUUGAGCACGUGCCCAUGCUCGAGUUUCCCAUUAUUCUCGAGUUCUUCGCCCUUCGGAACCCCUGCAUCAGCAACGAGACGUCGAGGAGUAUCUUCAGAGCACUCUUGAACGCAAAACUUCUCGACGAGAACAACCUUGUUACAAUCAGUCCCUGGGAGUUCGACUACAACUCUUGGAUUGAAGAGAAUGAUCUUCUCUCAGGUUGCAUCCCCCACACUUGUCUGUCAGAGCAAGUUGUGCAAGAGCUGAACAUUGCAUUUGCUUUCCAUUCCAUGAGUAGUACAAAGAACGAUAUUAUGUUUGACUGGUUUGAGUCAUCCCUAGAAUCUGAGGUAGUAAAUCCUAUGCUUUCAAACGUUUAGUUGGUGUGAGGUUGUAAAUGCUGGACAGAGACUUAUUUCAGGAUCGGUGCGAGAUUGUGGAGCUUUCUCCUAUGUGGUCCAUUCCAUGUUGACAUCAGUAGUCCAUGGUUUUGAUUUUCUUUUUAUAAAAAGCCCGCUGAAAUUUCAGAUAAUAGAUAUCCCAUUCUGUGUUCAUUAUGUUAUUUCAGCCGUAGCUUUAUUUUAGUCUUUCAUUCCCUUGAAGUAGUCGAGCAAGUCGGUUAAUAUAAUCAAUCAGGAAUGUACUUAAAUCUGCGUCUAAAUCUUAUAUCUGUGGGCAUUGGAAUGUCCAGUGUCAAUCACA